UCGCAAAAAAAUACGACUGCAGGCAAGUCGAAAGCCUCACAUCAAACUUUACUUUCGUUCCGUGCGGUUGACAUUGCAAUUUCACUCGCAAAUCGCGAUUUGUCGGUCAGUGACUAUACAUAUUUAAUCUGUGGCAAUUCGUUAAUUAUGUUUCUUAUCGAGAAUUUCUACAUUGUUUUUAACAAAAAGAUGUGCACCCUGGAUCUCUGAGCUAGUCCAUCUAAAAAGCUGGCAGGUGUGAGUUGUACAAGGAAUAAUUGAGACUUCGAGGUGCAACUAAGCACCUCUAUAAGAACCUUGAAGAACCUUAAUGCUUUGAUUUCCUUAACUAAUUGAUAAAACACUCCGCUACUUCAAUAGUUAUAACCAAAAUGUUUUUUUGGUACUAUAAUAUCCAACAAGGCUCAAAGUCCGUGGCAGAUUAAAAAGUAAAACAGUAAACAACAUUUUGAGAGCAUAUGACGAAACGCCACAGCUGUCAAACAUAAUCUACGCGAAUUAUUUCUGAUCUCGGUCUGGCAAGAUUUGUCGAGCUCUCUAAUUGGUUUUGCAAAUUAAGCAAACGAAAUUCAACGCGUGCAAUUAAGUGAGUCGCAAAUGCAGCGGGGAAGAUGAUAACACGGUUUCUGGCUCUCCUCGGCGAUCGGAGAGCAGUGUGACUGGAAGUGCAUUAAAAACAUCAUGCUGGAGGUGGACAAGAUCCUGGAGAAGUGCGGCGACUGCAGCCGGCUUCAGUUGUGGAUGCUGUUGCUCUUCUGCCUGGUCAAUGUGCUAUCUGCCCUUCACUAUUACUCCCAAACAAUCAUCAGCUUUGUGCCCACUUACUGGUGUGCUGACAACUUGCCCGCCAACUUUAAACCGCCGGAGACGUCUAGCUGUCUGCCAUUGGGACAGAAUAGCUCUAGCUCGUGCCACAGCUACGACUAUGAGUUGUAUAUGAAUUACCAAAGCUUAACCAGCGAGUUGAACUGGAUAUGUGGAGAUGCCUGGAAGCUCACCCUUGGCCAGUCGAUGUUCUUUGUGGGCUCUGUGGUUGGGUCUAUGGUGCUCGGUUACCUGGCCGAUCUUGUGGGGCGUCUACCCAUCUUGAUUGUGGCCAACCUGAUAGCCCUGACUGGUAACCUCCUGACCAUUUGGGGCACAAAUCUGACGCUUUUCUGUACCUUUCGAUUGAUCUCGGGCAUUGCCACGGAUAGCAACUUUGUGAUGAUGUACAUUCUGGUUAUGGAGUACAUGCGUCCAUCUCUACGUACCCUUGGCCUAAGCAUUUGCAUUGGAUUCUUCUACUGCUUGGGCUCUAUGGCGGCACCUUGGAUAGCCGUGCUCAUGGGCAGUUGGCGGGAAUUCCUGCUGGUCACCUCGCUGCCCUUGCUGGUGGUGCCACUAUUCUACUUGAUAGUUCCUGAAAGCAUUCAGUGGCUGAUCUCCAAGCAAAAGUACGAUCAGGCAGUGAUCUGCUUGAAGCGUGUGGCCCGGAUCAAUGGGCGUCAUGUGGAGGAGAGCUUCUAUGAGGAGUUUGUGGAGGAGUGCAAGUUCAGUCAACAGAAUCAGAAGGCCUCGCCUCACCUGCUGCACCUGUUCAAGACACCUCGCCUGCGCCGCAACACCUUCAUUCUCUUCUUCAAGUCCAUGGUCAUCACCCUCUGCUACGACGCAGUCUCUCGGAACGUCCAGGGCCUUGGCAUUUCUCCGUUCAUUAUGUUCUCGCUGAGUGCCACCGCCAUUCUGCCAGCCUGCCUGCUCAUCAUCGCUCUCCAAGAUCGUAUCGGACGGAAGGCAAUGGCCUCUGCCUCGCUGCUGCUGAGUGGCAUUUUCAUCUCGGUCACCGGGGGCAUCCUCUAUGCAGCCUCCGCCUCCGACAGAACCACAACCCUGCUGGUUAGCCUUUCAGUGAUCGGUCGCUUUGGGGUAACAGUGGCCUACAACUCAGGUGCCCAGUAUGCCACCGAGCUGAUACCCACCUGUGUGCGUGGCCAAGGUGUGGCCGCUGUCCAUGUGGCUGGCUAUGCUUUUACCUUCUUCAGCGCUUUUAUCCUGUACACGCGGAGCAUCUUCUCACCGCUACCGGAGAUUAUCCUGGGCCUCCUAUCGCUCCUUGGGGCCUGCCUGUGCCUCCUGCUGCCCGAGACGCUCAAUCGGACGCUGCCCACAUCGCUGGAGGAUGGCGAGGACUUUGGCAAGAACGAUCGAUGGUACACCUUCAGUUUCCUGGACAAGCGUAGCCCAUCCGCCACCACGCUGGACACCCAAAGUGCCAAGAUGCACUCACAGUCCACAGAUUCGUCUGUCUACUUUUGAAUAUAUUUCUUCUGUAGCUUUGACCUAAUGCUUUAUAAGAUGGGAAGGGGUUAUUAAUAACCUAGAAUAUAUACAAAUAAAUGCAAAUAGAAUAAA